AUGUUUCUCACGAGUGAUGACUGUGUUUAUGGAUGGGGUAAUAAUACGUUUGGACAGUUAGGUCGUGGACCAGGCAGUGAUAAACCAAAUGAGGAUACAUUUCGAGUGAAUUUCGAUCAAAAUCACAAAAUUAAAAGCAUUUAUUGCUGUGAUUACUCGACAUUUGCCAUCACAUCAGAGGGACAGGUGUUCAGCUGGGGUCGAAAUGAUUGGUAUAAUUUGGGACACAAUUCAUCGGAUAAUAUAUGGGAACCACAACUCAUUGAAGACAUGACUGGUAUUAAGACUAUCUGUUCCGGUGGUGUUGUUUCCGAAGUCAAUGAUUACAAGCGUUUGUACGAAGAGUUGCAUUCAUUAGGUUCGGGAGCUUUUGGGGAAUACAAAUCCCUACUCACCGGGUUUUUCCUGAACCAGUCAUCCCAACAACUAAUGUAUUACUUGUAUGUGAGCCAUCUGUACUAUAGGGAGGGUAAGGGGAAGCGCAGGGAGCGCAAUGAGGCGUUAUGUGCCCCGUUUGCUUGGAAUAUGAAAGUAAUCGAUUGCCCUGGUCAUCAUAUAAUAUGCUGUGCUUGCUACGUUGGGGAUAAUGCUCGGCAACGAACCCUUUAUGCCGAAUAUAAUGUGGGGCCUGGCUACCGUAUAUGCCCGGUAUGUCGGCAAAGAAGUGGCCCUGAUAUCCGACCUGUUGAGGAUUGGAUGUAUGUGGUGGCGGAGGAGGGGGAGGAGGAGGAUCAACCAGAUCCAUUUGAUUAUUUGUAG